GGCGUCACACUGUCCCGAAAUUGACACCAGAUGGCGAUACGAAAUUGAAAUUUUGAAUUUCGCACGAAGUUGGCCCCGAAAUUGGUCACUAGCUAAUCACCAGCCGAAGCAAGUACGAUACCUACAGAUGGUCACACGAUGGCACCCGAAGCACACACGAAGGCUACAUGAAAAUGUGAUUUUUUAUUGAGAUGUUUACCCGAAGGACACACGAAGGCAAUAUGAUGGCAACAAGACGUCGUAUUGAGAGUACGAUGCGUUCGAAUCAAGUCACGAAGGUGUCACGUGACCUUUCAAUGGGUAUAAAACCUUCGGCUGACUGUUGGAAAUUUCAAUUGCUCAUUGGUAAACUUUGCGUGAUCAUAAACUUCAACUUUGGUUCCACUUUCAUUUAAGUUAAAAUGCCACCCAAGGCAGGGAGAGGCAGAGGGAAGAAGCAGGCUGGGAGAUGCAAAUCUAAAAAAAAGAAAAGCAGAAGAAACUGAGAUUUUGGAUGUCCAAGAAGACACCACUCAGUCUCUAACCAGGGAGAUGAUAGGAAUAAAAUCCAGGAAGGAUAUCAGUCAGUGUGGAUGUAAAACUCCAGAGAGGUCUUCAGACGGUUGUAGAUCUCCUCAGCAGUCCCAAGAAUCUCCGCAGCAUUCACCCUCUCCCCCUCCCGCUCCUAACAGCCAGACAGAAUCUUCAGAUGAUGGAGGUAAAUUCUAUAACUUAAUUUUGGUGGUGGUGGUGGGGGGUGGGGGUGGGUGGGGUGUAAUUGAUUUUGUUAUAUAUUCACAUACAUUUUUGUCUUGCAUGUUCUAAUUUUUUUCAUUAAAUAUUUUUACAGAUGAGUCAGAUUCAUCCGCCCUUCCUACAUGCAAGUCCAAGACCAAGCCUCAAGUGGGCAAGGGCAACGGCAAGGGCGACAAAGGGAAAGGCAAGGUUCAGAAUGAUAACCCACCCCCUGACAAGGCUUUAAGGAGGCAAUUGUGGGAAGGAAAGGCUGCGGAGUACGAGGUAGAUUAUGAUUCAAUUCAGAGAUGGUACAACACACAAAGGACUCGAUUCUCGAAGCUGUGAGAGGGCCAACCCAACAAGAAAUCCCAGCAUAGGUCCGGUGAUGGUUUGUCAAGUGGUCAAGAGGAAGAUCCCAACCCUACUGAGGAGGCCAGUGAGAAUGAUAGUGACCGUGAUAGGUUCAUCUGAUGGGUCUUUGGGUUCCUGAAGCCACACAUCAGACGUCACAAAAAGGAUACACCAGCUAGUUUUAAGGACAAGUUGGCCCUGGCUGAGACGGGUGAGCUGGCUGGGAGUGACGACAGUACCAUGGCAGUCAGUCUUGCAGACGAACCCAGAGAGCCCACUAAGAAGUAUAUUGGCUACCCUACACCGAGACCUCCUUCCAGGGCAAGAAGAGCUGCCAAGGACCGAUCUGAGUCUCCAACCAUGGAGAUGAGCGCUACCACAGCAUCCAAUGAUCUCCAAGAUAGACUGGUUAACUUCAUCACUCGAGAACAGGAAGUCAUCAGAGCCACACCUUUCUGCAGGUACCUGGAAACUGGACUGGAUCGUCUACAUGAUGCCUGCCUGGAAGCCGCGUAUGAUGAGAUCACCACAGUACUUAACCAUUACCGAAAGGUAUCCAAACAGUUCAGAAUGAGGGAAGUGGCUGGUAACAAGAUCAGUCCCUUUGAAGAUGUCCCGUCAGCAUUCCAGUCACAGCAGCCACAGCAGGCCAGGUACUGUGAUCCCUGUCUGCACAUCUGCCACCAACUCCAGAGUAAGCCAACUUCAACAGGAGAGUGGUAUCAACUACGCUGCCAGCAGAACUGCGUCCUCACCGUCAGCCGAGUUCCAGCCAGGUCCUAGCCAGUGGCCUAGGAACCCACCUUCGGCAUCAGUGUGGAGAUCACAGGAGUGUGGCUACGUGGAGCAGGCGAACCAACAGUACAACUUAGAACAACAGCAGCAGUACCAUACCCUGCAGCCAGCCAGCACUUCUGCCCAGGGCUACGUACGCAGGCCAGAUAGUCCUAUUGUCUGGGAGUGUCCGGAACCCAGGUCCGGCAUGCCCAUAGUCACCAGAGUGGGCUUACCUUCUCUCGGCCAGUCUGCGUUUGUCCAACUUCAUUCUCAGCCUCCUCAGCAGCAACCCAGAGGUCCUAGCCAGCUAACACCCCAGCAGACAACUCAACGUCCUCUUCCGCCCCAGCUUUCAGCUCAGCAGUCUCAGCACAGUGUGACACAAGAUAGUCUCAGCCAAUAUCUAAACGCAGACGACAGUGUGAAUAUCAACAAUGAUAUUGAUCUCUCAGCUUUAGUGCCAAAUGACGACAUUGUCAACAACAGCAAGUAACCAGGAAUUUAGAGACAGGCCCAGGAAAAUGAUC